AUGGCAAAAAGUAUUUAUGAAUAUGUUCGAAAUUUUGAAUUAAUGGAUCAGUGUCUUCCAUCAACCUGGAUUGUUGUACGUUUAGAUGGACAAGGAUUUCAUAAGUUUACAACAAAGCAUAAUUUCAUUAAACCAAAUGAUUCACGUGGUCUGUUAUUAUCAGUUCGUGCAGCAGAGCGUGUUAUGCAAAGGCAGAAAGAUAUUGUUUUAGCCUAUGGUCAAUCGGAUGAAUUUAGUUUUGUCUUUAGAAAAUGUACAGAAUUAUUCAAUCGUCGGGCAAGCAAAAUAUCCAGUACUGUGGUUUCGUUGUUCUCCUCUUCUUAUGUUUUUGAAUGGCCGAACUUCUUCCCUGAUUCACCUUUACUCUAUCCACCAUCAUUCGACUCCAGAGUGAUACUUUAUCCAUCGAAUAAAACUUUACGUGAUUAUCUCAGUUGGCGUCAAGUUGACUGUCAUGUGAACAAUUUGUAUAAUACGUGUUAUUGGAAACUCGUUCAAAUUACUGGUCUAACUGGAACAGAAGCUGAAGAACGUUUAAGGGGAACCUUAUCAAGUGAUAAAAAUGAAUUGUUAUUUUCUCAGUUCAACUGUAACUAUAAUAAUGAACCAGAAUUAUAUCGUAAAGGUACUGUACUAUUCAGAAAUAAGGAAGGAAAACAUUGUACCAUUGAAAAAGCAAACAUAGACAUAAUAAAAGAUGAAUUCUGGGAUAAACAUCCUCAUAUUUUAGAAUCUGAUUGA